AUGAAGUAUAGUCGGAAUGCACAUCAAAAUAGGCCUGAAAUAAAGGCAUCCCCGUUUGUGGAGGAAGUAAUGCAAGCUCGGCUACCGAAACGGUUUUAUCUUCCACAAAUUACACCUUUCACCGGUAAAAUUGACCCAACUAAACACAUCGAAUGCUUCCGAACAUACAUGGAUUUACAUGAUGCCUCGGACGCCGUGAUGUGUCGAGCUUUUUCCCUCACCUUAGCCGACGUAGUUCGACUUUGGUUCAAACAGCUGAAAUCGAAGUCCAUUAGCUCGUUUGCGGAGCUCAAUGAUGCAUUUCUCACCAAUUUUAUUAGAGGGAAGAAGAAGUUGAAGCCCCCUGCGCAUCUGAAAAACAUAGUUCAAAAGGAGGGAGAGUUACUGAAAGACUACAUCGAGCGUUUCAAUUUUGAGUCGCUCCAUGUUCGGAAACAUUCAAAGGAGACAGCACUCAAUUCCAUCAUGCAAGGGGUUAAGGACAAGCCGUUUCUGGCAUCUCUAAACAAGAAUCCGCCUAUGACUCUGGCUGAGUUUAUGAUUCGGUCGGAUAAGUACGCAGAUGCCGAGGAAACACGGAAUCUGUGUGAAGCCGCCCAGAGCGCGAAAACCUCGGCUAAAGAGUCAGCUAAAAAGGAAGUUGACUCGUCCGGAGGGAAGAACCGCAAGGAAGACCAAACGCGCGAUGAACGUAAGUUAGGAAAACGACCCGACUGGAAGUUCUCGGUAUACACUCCGCUCAAUAAAUCACAGGAGCAGGUGUUAAUGGAGAUUAAGGGUGAAGGAUUUGUCAGUUGGCCGAAUAAGCCCCGAAGUAAUCCGAACUGGCGGAAUAAGGAUAAAUACUGUCACUACCAUCGUCAUCAUGGCCACAAUACGAGUGCUUGUUAUCACUUGAAGGAAGAGAUCAAAAGGCUUAUCCGAGAAGGUUGA